GGGGAGUCGCGAGCUUCCCCAGAGCCCCUUUUCCCGGCGAGUUCUCGCCUUUUGCCGGCCGGCUGCGUGGGCCACGCUCUUGGGGUCGGUGCUUUUAGCAGGAGUUUUGAAGGCUCUGGCUGGAAGGGAAGGCGGCUGUUGGCAGGUAAGUGCGCUUCUGCCCCCGAUUCCUUCUGAAUCCAGGUGUUGUGCUUGGCAGGGCCCCUCUGUCCUUGCUGCGCCGGCGCGGCUGCUCACGGGACAGGCCUCUCCUGCGGAACCCGGAGCAUCCCACCGCCGUCUUCCCGCACAAGUAGCUGUAUACCUGCCUCCGUCUGCCCGCCGAGAGCCAGCGGCACGCCGGACUCCAGGCCGCUGCGGCAAGAUGUCGGUGACCUUUGAGGACGUGGCCAUCUACUUCUCCCCCGAGGAGUGGGCAGAGCUGGCGGACUGGCAGCGGCGGCUCUACCGGGAGGUGAUGCUGGAGAACUACCAGGCGGUCGCCUCGCUGGGCUGGCCUGCCGUCAAGCCAGAGAUCAUCUGCCAGAUGGAGCGAGCAGAGCUGCUGUGUGUGCCAGACCCCCCCAGGACACAGCGGAGCCACUGGACCCCUGUCUCAGCCGGUGACCCUGGGAGGCAGAGGGAGGCUGGGGGGGUCCCCGAGGGGCUGCUGGCACCCACCGCCCUGCUCCCGGGGAUGCCCAAGCAGGGCAGGAGUCGUCAGGGGUACUCAGCCCACAGAUGGCCAGGCAGGAGCCGGGGGGGGGGGGUCUUCAGGGCGCCCUCGCCUCCACCCCUUGCCAACCCCUCGGCUGCUGGAGAAGACCCCCACCACGCUGGAGACGACCCCCCCCGUGUCCUGAGUGCAACAAGAGCUUCAGGAGCCAGGCGGCAUUGGCCGUCCAUGUGCAGAGCCACACGGGUGAGCGGCCCUUUGGCUGCCCCCGCUGCAGGAAGGGCUUCCCCUCCAAGGGGGGGCCUCAAGCGCCACCAGAAGACCCACAUGGGCAAGCUGGACCUCCCCUGCCCCCAUGCCAGCCCACAUCUUCCAGCCAAGCUUCUGCUGGUCCAGCCCCCCUGCAGCCCCCCAGCCCCUAAGAGACCCCACGGCUGCACGGAGUGCGGGAAGAGCUUCGGCAAGAGCCGGGACCUGAAGAAGCACCAGCAGAUGCAUACGGCAGCACGGCCGUUCUCCUGUCUGCAGUGCGGCCGCCGCUUUCGGCUGAAGCAGAUCCUGGCAUCGCAUCAGAAGGUGCACGGCGGGGAGAAGCCCUUCGGCUGCGCUGACUGCAGCAAGCGCUUCGGUCAGAAGCAUCACCUGCUGAGCCACCGGCACGUGCACACCGGUGAGAAGCCCUUCACGUGCCGUCACUGCGGCCACCGCUUCAGCCAGAAGCACCACCUGGUCAGCCACCAGCGCAUCCACACCGGGGAGCGCCCCUUCGCCUGCGCCCACUGCCCCGAGGCCUUCAGGGACAGGAAGACCCUCACGAUCCACCAGCGCAUCCACACCGGGGAGAAGCCCUACAAGUGCGGCGAGUGCGGCAAGACCUGCAGCCAGAAGCAGCACCUGAAGAGCCACCAGCCCGUGCGCCGCGGCCCGCCAGCGGUGCCGGAGGGUGUGUGGUGUGAGGGGAGGUGUCUUACCCCGGCGGAGAACCGGGCAGAGGACAAGCCCUUGCAGCGCAGCCACUGCGAGAAGCAGUUUCGGGAUGAGGGGAUCAUGCUGGCUCACCAGUGCACCCACGGCACCCCCCAGCCUGUGGCCACCUCCACAGCCCAGCACCACCUGAAACUGCUGCUGAGGGGCUGCGGGGUGCUGGGGCUGUGUGUGUGGGUGGCUGCGGGGGGGUGACCCAGAGCACCAACCUCCAGCUGCACCGGAGCAGCCAUGCAUGAGCCGGGAGCGAGUGAUGGCCGCGGCCCCCUCCACCACCGGCUCCAGCUGUGGCCCGAGAAGCAUCCUCACCAGCAGCUGGAUCGUCCUUGACGUUUCCAUCGUGCUUGUCGGUUUGGGGGGGGGGGGGGGGGGGGUGUCGUUGUUGGCACCCCUUCCCCGCUGUGCUGGGCCCUGCGAUGCCGGCACCUGCUGCGGGAGAGCCGUGGGCGCAGGACCGGCUGCCAGGGCAGGGAAAUACAAUAAAUAGAUCACAAGGGUCAGAAUGGUUUACAGGACAGAGGGGAAGAUGCUGCUUGAUUUUUCCACCUGGAUAGUAAAUAAAAAGCUUCUUC